GCAACAACACUUUAAACAUAGCAACAACACUUUAAACAUAGCAACCUACAUUCCUUUGGUUUUUUGUGUGGCGCGAAGCUAAGCCGGUCGAAUGCGCGCAGCCAAAACCGGUGAUAGCAUUUCUUGAGGUUUUCACAACCUGCAGGAGAUAUUUGCAUUGAUUCUUACGACAGACAGUAUUGGUUACCACACCUUCAACCAGCUUUCAGUCCGCUCCAGUUCUCGCAACAUCAACGAUUUCAGGGGAGCGACCACAACCUCCACUCAUAUCCAACCGUAAAAUCCAGUCAGGCCAGCUACUGUAAGGCAACAGGAUAACGACCACAACACCAUGGCAAGAUUAUCACGGCCCCCGCCAUCUUCCCGGUCCCGAAAAACAAUCUUCUCAUCGUCCUCCGAAUCUGAGUCCGACUCCAAUAACGACUCAAAUUCAGACUCGGAUUUCCCAGACCUCGCAGCCCUUCCACCAAGUCCCAAAAAGAAAAGGAAAGUUUCGCCACCGUUACCUGCGACCAAGAAGAGACCUACCCCUCCCACGGACACGGCCUCUAUCAGUGGUAACCAGACAGUCGUCGAGUCAGCAACAUCACCAAAUGCGGCCUCAUCGUCGGUAGCCGGCAUCAAGAGGCGGAAACUGCUACUCGGCGCGGUGUCGGAUAACGUCUUGUUUCGGAAGUGGACGCCCGCGCAGGAGGAGGAUGCGGUGCCGACUAGGAAGAAGAGGAGGGAUCUAACCGCCGGUACAGGAUUCGGGCUGCGGUUGGGAAUGAUGCGCGAUGAGGAUGAGGACGAGGACGGCGACUCCGAGGCAGAGAAUCCGGUCGUACUGAAUCGAAAGAAGGUAAAAGAGGUAAAGAGGGUAGGUGAGAGCACAGUUACUGCUAAGACGGUGGUGAGGAGGACGACCAAAAGUCUUUUCAGCAGCCAGACUACUCUAUCGAAGAAACACCGGGAAGGUGAGGACAUGGUGGGAACAAAGAAUGAGGAGAAAAAGCCGUCGGCAAGUCUUUUCCGACCACCGAAACAAGUCGCCGGCAAAAGCAAAGAUAUGAUGGAGAUCGACCAGGAGCAGGAUAUGGACGUCUUUGAGGAUCUGGAGGAUUUCGCCGAGGAGUCGUUCCACACUGCGCAAUCGAAGGAGUCUUCUGAGUCGGAUGAAGUUGGGUCGGAGACCACGGUUGGGAAGGGGCGGGACACCAACACGGCAUCAAACUCGAAAGACGACGACUCAGACGAAGACCUGGAUGCAUUCUUCUCGAAGUUGAGCAACAAGCCCAAGACUCCGGCAGUCAGAGAGAGUCAUCUUUCUCCGACAAAGCCUCGGUCAACGAAGAACUCGAGAGGCAAGCGGAUGGAUACGAGCUGGGAAAGCCAGAGCCGGACGUUAUUUGAUGAGGAAGAGAGCGAUGGACGACGAGAAAGGAUAGGGAAACGGGCAGCUUCUAGCGAAGAGGAUAGUUGUGGUGAGGAGGAUGUCACGCAGGAUUUUUCUUGUCUCCAGCUGGAAUCCUCCUCUUCCUCCUCCGACUCAAGCUCAGAAACCGAAACCGAACGACGAUCUCGUCCACCAGCCGCCGCCGCCGCGGGGACGAGGAAGCGCACUCAAACACCCAGUCCUCCUCCUCCCAAAAUCCCCAGACUCAAACCAAAGACAUCAGCAACACUACCGCCAUCUCCCAAGAAACUCCCACGCAUCCCCACCACCCCCCACCGCCCCUCUUCCGACCUCUUCUGGUCUCGCGAAUUCGUCGACGACUGGAACGACGAGCACUCCCCCAAGAAGGAACUAUUCCCUUCUUCGACCAAACCCCCCUCCUCGGAGGAGGCUACUAACUCCCCCGACAAGAAGAAGAAACCGGCACGACGAGCCCAACCCAGCCCCCAAAAAGCCGCCGCCCUCCUCGCCCGCGAAUCCCGCCUUGCGCGGCAGGCCUUCGACGCCCACAAACACUCCCUCGCCACCCACUUUCUGGCAUUGCUCGACGCCCGCCUGACCUCUUCCCGCUUAUCGGCCCUGACUGCCAGCACGGGCGGGAUUAAAUUGGUAUGGAGCAAGACGCUGAACACGACGGCGGGGAGGGCGAAUUGGAAGAAGGAGAGUAUUACUACUCGGCCUUCUUCUGAGCAAGAUGCGAACAAGGAAGUGAAACAUCACGCCUCUAUUGAGUUGGCCACCAAGGUCCUAUCCACACCGGAGAGGUUAUUCAACACGCUAGCCCACGAGUUCUGCCACUUGGCUGUGUUCAUGAUCGACGGGGUUACUACCCGGCCGCAUGGGGCGGAGUUUAAGGCGUGGGCCAGGAAGGUCAACGAUUCGGAAUUUGGUCGACGACAUCGUGGCGGCCCGAAGCCGUUCGGAAAAAUGAACAUCAUCCGAGAGGGAGAGGGAGAGGGAGAGGGAGGAGGAGAUAGUAGUGGGAAAGUGGAAGUGGAAUGGGAGGGCGGGUAUGCGGUGGAGGUGACGACGAGACAUGGGUAUGAGAUUGAGUUUAGGUAUGUUUGGGUUUGUGAUGGGGUUGUAAAUCCUCCUGGGUCUGGGUCUGCUACUGCUGCUGGUCAGGGUGGUGAAGAAGGGAAAGGGGAAGGGAAAGGGGAAGAAGGGAAGGACAAAAAAGGGGGAUGUGGAACAGAGUACAAGAGACAUUCGAAGAGUGUUGAUCCCAAGAGACAUCGGUGUGGAGUUUGCAAGGGGGUUUUGAGGCAGGUUAAACCUGCGCCGAGGGGUCAAGGUCAACAAGGAGGUGGUGGGAAGACCUCUUCUUCUUCUUCUUCUGCUGGUGGUGGUUUCGAUGGAGACGGGAGUCAAGGAGGAAUGGGGACGAACAAGAUAAAGGUGGAAAAGGCGAAGACGUCGUCGGAGUACCAAGUCUUUGUCAAAGAGCAGAUGAAGGUGGUUAAAGCUCAGAAACCGGGGUUGGCGUUUGGAGAGGUGAUGAAGGAGGUUGCGGAACGGUGGAAGGUUGAGAAGGCGAGGAGGGAGAAGAAGAACAAGAAGGAAAUAACGCCGCCGGCAGAAACGACUGGGAAGCUUUCUACAGUCCUAGAGGAGGUUGUCGCUGAUGAAGAAGACGGCGAUGGCGAGGACAGUCCGGAUAUGUUCGAAGACGAACCGAUGAUGGACGUGGUUGAUCUGACUGCGGACGACUGAGUACGGGGCACAUCGGUGAUGCUCGGUAGUCCACGACAGACAGAGAGAGGUUGUAGGU